AAGGCUUGACCUUCCAAAAUUUGAGUGUUUGAAGAUAUUAAAUGCUGAAGAUUGUGAAAACUUAGUCGAAAUUCAAGGCAUUGAUAGGUUAAAAAUCUUGGAAGGGCUGUAUAUCUCUGGGUGUGCUUCAAUUGAACGACUGGACCUUCCAAAUUCCGAGAGUCUUGAGAUAUUACAUGCUCAAAAUUGCAAAAACUUGGUCCAAAUUGAAGGCCUUGAUAGGUUAAUGUUCUUAAAAGAGCUAUAUAUCUCUCAGUGUGCUUCAAUUGAAAGGUUGGAUCUUUCAAAAUCUGAGCAUCUAAAGAUAUUAAAUGUUGGAUAUUGCAAAAACUUAGUCAAAAUUCAAGGUCUCAAUAGGUUGGAGUUCUUGAAAGAGCUAUAUAUCUUUGGUUGCGCUUCAAUAAAAAAGCUGGACCUUUCAAAAUCCAAGGAUCUGAAUAUAUUAGAUGCUCAAUAUUGCAAAAACUUAGUUGAAAUUCAAGAUCUUGGUAGAUUGGAGUUCUUAAAAGUGCUGAAUAUCUCUGGGUGUACUUCAAUUGAAAGGCUGGACCUUCCGAAGUCCAAGAUCAUGAAGAAAUUAUUUAUUGAAAAUUGUGAAAACUUAGUUGAAAUUCGAGGCCUCAAUAGGUUGGAGUUAUUGGAAGAGUUAUAUAUCUCUCAGUGUGCUUCAAUUCUAAGGGUGGACCUUCCAAAAUCUGAGGGCAUGAAGAAAUUAUUUGCUCAAUAUUGCAAAAAGUUAGCCAAAAUUCAAGGCUUUGAUGGGUUGGAGUUCUUGGAAGUGUUGAAUAUUUCUUGGUGCACUUCGAUUGAAAGGCUAGAUCUUCCAAAACUCAAAGGUUUGAAGAAAUUAUAUGCUCAAAAUUGCAAAAACUUAGUUGGAAUUCAAGGCCUUGAUAGGUUAGUGUUCUUGGAAGUGCUGAAUAUCUCUGGGUGCACUUCAAUUAGAAGGCUGAACCUCCCAAAAUCUGAGGGUUUGAAGAUAUUAGGUGCUAAAAAUUGCAAAAACCUAGUUGAAAUACAAGGUCUGGCUAGGUUGGAGUUCUUGAAAGUGCUGAAUAUCUCUGGGUGCACUUCAAUUAAAAGGCUUGACCUUCCAAAAUCAGAGGGUAUGAAGAUAUUAGAUGCUCAAUAUUGCAAAAGCUUAGUCGAAAUUCAAGGCCUGAAUAGGUUAGAGUUCUUGGAAGUGCUCAAUAUCUCUGGGUGCACUUCGUUUGGAAGGUUACCAGAUUUAUGUUGCUUUGACACCUUGCAAAAGUUGGCAAUCAACUGCAGUGACAAGCUUGAUGACAUUCAGAACCUAGAGGGAUUCACGUCUUGCGCGAGUUUAUGGAUUGAAGAUUGCAAGACCUUAGCAAAAUUCCCAAACUUGUCAAAUUUUCCUAAGUUACAGAAAUUGUUCCUGUCUAAUUGUCAUGAACUUCGGGAGAUCCCAGGGCUUGAGGAGUCGACAUCUCUAAAACAUAUUGCUAUCUCAGGAUGUUCCUCGAUUGAGAUCUUACCAGAUUUGUCAUCGUGUAACAACUUGAUCAGUCUGGUUGUGCAAAAUUGUGAAAAGUUGACUGAGCUUCGAGGGCUCCAGAAUUUGGACCACUUAGUGGAACUGGACAUUUCUGGAUGCAUGUCACUUAAAAGAAUACCAGAAUUGUCUGGAACGCGACUUUAUCGAAGUUACGAGAAAAUGCCGUUUGCCUCAAUCGUGGAACGAUAGAACUUGGAGAAAGUGACUGGGAUGAGUCAGAAUAGUUCAGAUGAUCCACAUUUCCUAACAACGGUACAUAAAGCAGGAAUCCGCGGGAGAUGUUCGGGGGAAGUUUAUGUGUACUCUGGCAAAAUGUUUCUGCUGGUCAUGCCAGUAAUGGAAAUAGAUCAAUAGGCCUUCUAAGUGCAUCAUUUGCCAUUAGUCUUCAGUGAUAGAGAACCUUAGGUGGCACCAACGCCUCGGAUUGUGCCCGGUAGGCCUAAAGAGAUAAGGAUAACAGAGGAAGGAGAAUCUAAAUAUGGAUUCAAAGAGUCAAGACAAGGCACAGAAAUCGCAUGCCAUUUGUGCUUCAAGCAAGGGCCAUGACUCAAGAUAUUGUCCAUUGAAUCAGAAGAAAAAAAGAUGAAGUAGUCAGACAAAGAGAAGCCAACCAACUUGUCGCAGAGAUGCAUCAUAACAGUGCCACCGCUCAAAAGCCUUAAUGGGAAGGCAGUUCAGUCACUUCUCUACUAAGAAAUUCCAACAAUGUUGUGGUCAAUGCUAGGACAGUAGAGGGCGUGCAUAUUUAUCUCUACUGUGAGAUUAGAGGUACAGCUUUAUGUCAGUAAAUGAGUUUUGUAAAGAUUUAAAAUUUGAUUUCAUAGCAUGCAUUUCUUUCGUCCAGCAGCAAAGGAAGACAGUAUGAAAAAGAAGCAAGAGAAAUGGAAACAAGUGGGGGAGCAUCUGAAGGACGGCAUUGGAACUGUUGGAUCAACAAGAUCUCCAAGAAAGGGGAAAAAUCGACCAGAAGCAGCUCUGUAAAGAAUUGGAAGUCUGAUAUGUUCUAGUAAUUUUUGUUGAUGUGAUAAUCUUCAUUUUAAAGAGACGGAAUUUGUUUUCUGUAUUUUCUGCAAGAUGUGGCAAUGAUACUGUUGAGACCACAGGCAUUCUGGGCUACAGUUUAUUGUGCUUGGCAGUACGUUUGAUAUUUGAAGAGAAGUGCAGUUGACCUUAUUUCUGCC